GCGCGGAGCGAGUGGCGACAAGCUGAGGCACCAUGGUCGCUCGCCGCCUCCUAUUGGUUGGGGAGGGAAAUUUCUCCUUCGCCGCCGCCUUGAGCGAGAAUCAAGGGCCCGGCACAAGUCUCAUAGCCACUUGUCCUCAGGAACUCACGGACUUGGCCGGGGACUCGGUGUUUCAGGAGAACCUACAACGCCUGCGCGAUCGAGGUGCUGAGGUGCGCUUUGGGGUGGACUGUACCCAGUUGGCAGAAGCCUUUGCAGAGGAUGGCUGGAAGUUUGAUCGCAUUUAUUUCAACUUCCCGCACUGUGGGCGCAAAGCUGGAGUGGCCAAGAACAGGGAGCUACUUGCCAGGUUUUUCCAGAGCUGUGCUGAUGUCCUUGCAGAAAGAGGGGAGGUUCAUGUGGCAUUAUGCAGAGGACAAGGAGGAACUCCUGCUGAUUAUCCCAGGAGAGAAUGGCAUAAUAGUUGGCAAGUAGUAGCUAUGGCAGCUAGAGGAGGACUCAUCUUGAGCAAUGUUCAUCCUUUCACUUCUGGGACUGUGCCAGGGUACAAGUGCACUGGGUACAGGAGUCAGAACAAGUCCUUCCAUGUUGAAGGUGCUUUGAAUCAUGUCUUUACCCGGAGUUUACCUUUUGAAGAAUCCCAGCCCAUGAUCUGCAGAGUUAGACUGGAUGACCACUGGCUUUCCUUCACUGUACCAGAAGCAUUAGUAGGGAAGAUAAACAGGCCAUCUGGAAGUAAAGCAGGACAAGUCUGGGCACCAGAAGGAUCUACUGCUUUCAAGUGCUUGAUCUCAGCUCGGUUCUGUGCUGCCCUCCUGAGUAAUAUUUCUGACUGUGAUGAAACAUUCAACUAUUGGGAACCAAUGCACUACCUCGUCUAUGGCAAUGGAUUUCAGACAUGGGAAUAUUCCCCAGCUUAUGCUAUCCGAUCCUAUGCUUACCUGUGGCUUCAUGCUUUGCCAGCUGCAUUUCAUGCAAAAGUCCUACAAACUAACAAGGUUCUCGUCUUUUACUUUUUGCGAUGUAUCCUGGCUUUUGUGAGCUCUGUUUGUGAACUUUACUUUUAUAAGGCUGUAUGCAAGAAAUUUGGCCUCCAUGUGAGUCGAUUGAUGCUGGCAUUUUUAGUUCUCAGCACUGGGAUGUUUUGCUCAUCAGCUGCUUUCCUUCCUAGCAGCUUCUGUAUGUACACAACUGUGAUAGCUAUGACGGGCUGGUUCAUGGACAAGACCUCCAUUGCUGUGCUGGCAGUAGCUGGUGGGGCUAUCCUCGGCUGGCCAUUUAGUGCAGCUCUUGGAUUACCUAUUGCCUUUGAUUUGCUGGUCAUGAAACGAAGAUGGAAGAGUUUUCUUAACUGGUCACUAGUGGCUCUAAUACUCUUUCUGGUACCUACAGUGGUCAUUGAUAGCUACUACUAUGGGAAGUUGGUGAUUGCACCUCUCAACAUUGUUUUGUACAAUGUUUUUACACCCCAUGGACCUGACCUUUAUGGCACAGAACACUGGUAUUUCUAUUUAAUUAACGGGUUUCUGAAUUUCAAUGUGGCCUUUGUAUUGGCUCUUCUGGUCUUACCACUGACUUCCCUCAUGGAGACCCUAUUGCAGAGAUUUCAUGUUCAGAACUUAGGCCGUCCUUAUUGGCUUACCUUAUCUCCAAUGUACAUCUGGAUUGCCAUCUUCUUUGCUCAGCCUCACAAGGAGGAGAGAUUUCUGUUCCCCAUAUACCCUCUUAUAUGUCUUUGUGGUGCUGUGGCUCUUUCAGCACUUCAGAAAUGUUACCACUUUGUGUUUCAACGCUACCGCUUAGAACAUUAUACGGUUUCUUCCAAUUGGUUGGCUUUAGGGACUGUCUUCCUCUUUGGGCUGUUGUCCCUGUCUCGAUCUGUGGCACUAUUCAGAGGAUAUCAUGGACCCCUUGAUUUGUAUCCUGAAUUCCACAGAAUUGCUACUGAUCCUGCUAUCCACACAGUCCCAGAAGGGAGACCAGUGAAUGUCUGUGUGGGCAAAGAGUGGUACCGAUAUCCCAGCAGUUUUCUUCUACCUGAGAACUGGCAACUCCAGUUCAUUCCAUCCGAGUUCAGGGGCCAGUUGCCGAAACCUUUUGCCCAGGGACCAAUGGCAACACGGAUUGUUCCCACUGAUAUGAAUGACCAGAACCAAGAAGAAACAUCCAGAUAUGUUGACAUCAGCAAAUGCCAUUAUUUAGUUGAUUUAGAUACAAUAGCAGAAACACCUCGGGAGCCACGGUAUUCAUCCAACAGAGAAGAGUGGAUCAUCCUUGCUUACAAACCAUUCCUUGAUACUUCCAGAUCUUCAAAACUUCUACGUGCAUUCUAUGUUCCUUUCCUGUCAGAAAAGCAUACAGUGUAUGUAAAUUACACCAUCCUCAAACCCCGGAAAGGAAAGCAAGCCAGGAAGAAGACUAGUGUUUAGCAGCACACCUGUGGUCCCAAAGAAUUAGCCAGUGCUGCACACCAGUGGCUCCAUGGGCAUCAUUUUCUCCUAUCAUCAUUUGUAACAUUCACAAUAAAGAUUUUCCAACAAGAAUACUGGAAUCCAGGUGCCUCAGGCUGUUCAAAGUUAAUUCCAUACUCUCAGUUCUUGCCUGUAUCUCUGCUCUGCUUCUAGAGCUAUGUGAACUGGAGCAACAUGGGUUAUGGCAGUGGAAGACUCCUCCAACAAAACCUGUAAACAUUAUUUUCUUCAGUUCAGUUAUUUAUGAGACUGAAAAAAAAAAAACAGAGCAACUAUCAGGAAGAUUUGGAAAGCUGGACUGGUCGGCUCUAUUUAGCUGUUCUCUUCUCCUCCAGCUAAGCACCAGAGAAAUAUUCAGCAACUCUGCUGUGUGCUUGGCAUCUCCUAGCACCCUCUCUCCUCAGCAGUGGAAUUUGAACAACCAAACACCUCUCCACAUGUCUUUGUUCCCCCCAGCAAAACCAAAUUUCUCUUAAAUCCUUCACAAGACCAGGAUGUCUGCCCUAGAGAUGUAGCUCAAGAAAGAGGCAAAUUUUUGUGGAACUAUGACCUAAUUUUUAUUCUUUUAUAAUUACUCAUAAUUUUUGUUUUUUAUUUUCUUUUUAAAGUUUGAAUUUAUGGAAUUUAUAUAAGUUGAAGCAGAAUACAUUCCCUGGAAUGCUAAGUGAAUGGGGAAUAUUUGGGGGAAAGUGCCUACUUUUAAUUCUUUGGAUGAUGUCAUUGUUUUAAAAAAUGUAUUUUAUAGAAUACAUAGCAGUCUCUGGAGAACGUAAUUGAGAGAUAAAGUUUCUAGUAGUCUCUGAAAGGAAAAAGUAUAUAACUGAAGAGGGCAUGGCGGGGACAGAGAGUGGGGAGCAUGGAGGUGAGAGUUGAAUCUUCAGAAGAUCUCUAGCAAUUCCAUUGGGAAGCAAAUCCUUCUAGGUACUUUGGUGGUACAGCAAGUGCCUAUGUGGCACUCAGAGAAGCAGAGCUGGAAAAUCAGAAAGAGCUAGAUGACCAGUCAGGAUGAUUCUCAACCUAGUUUUAAAGACUUAGAUAGGAGGAGAUUCAAAUGAAUGCUGGAACUUUUCAUUUUAAGGAGGUGAUUUUAUUUGGAUAAGAGUUUGGGUGUGGCUGCCCAUGACUCAGACUAUUGGGACAAAGCUAUAUUCUUGGUGUGUGGGAGUAUCUGUUUUGGUAUUGUUUGGGCAGCUCCCUCACUAGCUGUGGACUCCCCAGUCUCUGGAGAACAAAGAGUACAUUGUUGAGUCAGAUUUCUCUGCUGGGCCCCACUAGGGUCAACGGCAGUAAUGUUCCUAAACAUUUAUGUUUAAAUAAGGUGCCAAUUUUUUUUUUUUUAAAGAAUGAUAGCUUCUAAUAUCUACAAAUUUCUGAUUUUCUGAAAUUUUCAUUCCACAUUCUAGACAUAGAAUGACUUCUCAGCCAGACCAAAUCUAAGAAAGAAAAAGAGAACUGAUGAGAAAUGAUAGGUUAUUUACUUUAGAGCAGAAGCAUUGGCUCUAGACAAAGAACAGACAAGAUGUACAAGUGACAAUAAAAGGAAUGGCGCAUGGGUUCCCUUUAGGUGCUUAUGAGUCUUCUGACUUGAGAUUUUUUUUGCCCAAGUUGACACCUUACCUGUCUGGCCAAGAGCUAAAAACAUCAGGACCUUGAGGCAAGGUCUCUGCCUUCUGCCAACAUUACUGAAAGGGUUUACUGCCAACAUUACUGAUUGGGCACUGAUGGAUACCACCAAGAUAGAUGCAGUGUGGACUUUGCAAUACUUAUGUCAGACUUAGGCAUUUGCUAUAAUGUAAGCAGUUCAGAAUGAAAAAUUAAAUUGAAAUAAGCACAAACAUAUAUUGAUGUUUCAUCUUGGCCAAGAAAUAACCCUUGGUUCUCAAACUUUUGACUUUUGAGUCAACGUGACUUUUGAGAACCAGGAACUCCCGUGGCCAAGUUCCUGAAGGAACUCCUAGCUAACAUAGUCCUAACAGCUGAUUGUGCAUCAUCUGAAAACUGGGUUUGCUAAAUUGAGGGGAAUUUAUCAAAGCAAGUCACAAGGAGAUGGAUUUGGGGGGCCAUAUUAAUUUAUAAAGAUAAUCUAUUAAUGUAUAUAGAGUCUACAUUGAUGAAGUAUAAAACACAAAAAUCCAAGACAUGCAUUAAGAAUAUCAACUCCUUUGAUGCUUCUUCAUUUUUCCCUACCUCAGGUCCAUUAAGACAAUGAAAUCAACAAAUAUUCAUUGAGCUGUAUACAAGGUACAAUGCUACAGGUACUUGGUGUAAGAAUAUACAAAGAAAUUUAAAACUGUUCUUGGCUUGAAGGGCCUCUAAUCUGAUUGGGCUAAAUAAAUGAAAGAUAAAUGAAAGGCACUAAUGUCUUUGUAACAGGUUUGUAGGAAGAAGGGAGAACCAUGACAGGAGCCAGGGUGAGUAGCAUUCCUCAAACGGCGCCAAUAUCCAAGAGAAUGUUGGCUGCCCUUCUGGAGUGACUGAUCCAUUUAUGGUGAUGACAAAAAAAAAAAACUGCUUCUGCAGAUUAGAUAUCUUUUAUUGGGUAUUAUUGCAAUAGAGAGGACUGUUGGAUGUAAUUGAAGAGGAGAAGGCUUUUGAUUUUAUUUAAUGUUUAUAGAUCAGGGAGUACUAGAUAUGAGAAACUAUUCCUGAUGGAUUAAUUGCUCUUUGUACAAAAGCCCUUUGCCUGCCUAAUUUUAACUUAUGAUAUUGUGACUUAGAGCAACAUUGUCACCCCAUCUAUCUUCAAUGUCUAUUUUAUAUCCAGUAGAUUUAAUCUGAUGUGAAAGCAUUCACAUAAUUUAUUUUUUUAAAGUUUUGUUGAUGCCUUUUGUUUUUACUAUGUCAUUUCUGUAUAUUCUCCUCAACUCUCCCAUUCUUCCCUUUUUCUUUGAAACAAAAGAGUUCAUCAGGAUCGACUGAGACCAUGUUUGACAGUGUAUGCAACAUUUUGUACUCAUAAUCUUCCACUUCUCCAAGGAAAAUACAAGCUGCAUCCCUUCAUCUUUUCUCCAGAGUUAAGACUGAUCAUAACAAUUAUACCCUGGCCCUGUGACUUCUUCCUCUAAUUGAAUGACACCUCUCAGAAUUUCCAUUUUAAGGAAAGUGCCCAGGCCAACCAUGCCUUCAUUUCUUUUCUAGCUUCUACAUCAGAGUCCAUUCUUCCCAGGGGGUAUCUUCUCUCUACCCUUCCUCCUUCCUCCUCCUUUUAUAUGUUGUCUUCUCUGAUCAGAAUGUAAACCUUUUGAGGGAUUGUCUUUUCUUUUUGCUUGUAUUGGUAUUUUCAGAACUUAGCAGGGUGUGUGGCACAUAGUAAGUGCUUAAUAAGUUAUUGUUGAUUUGGUUUGACAUUAAUAUUCAGCUUUAUCUUGCUCUUUUAUUUAUGUAAUUAUAGUAAUAUAAACUA